AUGGCCCUGAGCCCACUUUCGAUAAGCCCGAUUGGUCUGGCGAUGUCUUCACAGCAGUCUUCGCCCGUAAUUGCAGGCUGCGACGAGGCGGUGCCGACCGGCUCCCUACUAUGCCAAGUGUGCUCCGACCGCGCUUCCGGCUUCCACUACGGCGUCUUUGCGUGCGAGGGAUGCAAGGGCUUCUUCCGGCGCUCCAUCCAGCAGAAGAUCCAGUACCGCCCGUGCGCCAAGGCCCAGGACUGCCCGAUAGUGCGCGCGAAUCGGAAUCGCUGCCAGUACUGCCGGCUGAAGAAGUGUGUGGCCGUCGGGAUGAGUCGUGACGCCGUGCGAUUCGGGCGGGUGCCGAAGCGGGAGAAGGCGCGCAUGGUCGAAGAAAUAGCGCGCUCAUCCGUGCGCUGCCAGGUCGACGCGAUGCGGCUGCAGUUCGAGGAUCCGGCGCUGGUCUUCAACAGGACGACGCAGGCGUUUGCACGGUUGUUGGAAUCGACCUGCGUCUUCGACGUGCUCCUCAUCGUCGGUUGUGCGCGGGAUCCGCCCCCGGCUUCCGCUUCUCCCCUCCUCUCCCACUCGAUGGCACUCCUAUCGACGCGUAUCCGCGCCAACGCCGCCACGCCGAUCCUCGCAGCGCUGGCGGCAACAACCCUGGCCGAGUGCUACUGGUCGGUGGUGGCCACCGUCGCACCGUCGUGUGCACAGGCGAUGCCCGGUCUGCUCGCCGACCUGCGCGGCCUCUCCAUCCUCCACAGUGAGCGCGUGCGCUGCCCAGUGCCUCAGAAGUCGUUCCGUGAGCGGCACGCGUCUCUGGCGUCACUUCUAGAAGGCGGUCCCUCGCUCUGCUCCUCGGCCUCCAGCGUGUCGUCAUGUCCGAUGGGGAUGGACCAGGGAUUGAUGGCAUCGCCGCCAGAAAUUAAGGUCGACAUCUCGCCCCCGGCCUCCAUCGACGGCGAGCUGGACGACGACAAGCCGCUCGAUCUAUCGCUCAAGAAGCGCAGUCCC